AUGUGGCGGCCCAGUGUUUUGAGGAUCAUGGAGAAGGACUUCCUCGGCGCCUCAGCGGCGAGGCGUGCUGCUCGACGGCGCGGUCGCGCUGCUCUGGAAGCAGCUCUGCGGCCGCUUGUGGCGGCUCGCGGCGCCCCAGGCUCGUGGGUGGACCGCGAGCGCGCGUCGAGGCCGGCUCUGCAAAGGAUUGCCGCAGGAGAUCGUGUUCCUGGCGCGAUGCGGCUGAGGCGGAACGCCGCCUGGCACGCGUGCCGAGUGCCGCCUGGCGGCUUCACAGCCGCGUCCUCGGCGGAUCUGUCCUGGGCUGCUGCUGGGCCUCGGCUGGGGCACACUGCUGGUGGCAUGCGGGCUGAGGCCGCGUCGUUCGUGCCGCGGGCUGCAUGCCGUGCGAUGGGCGUGCGGUGCAGCUGCGGGGCGGUCGCUUUCUCAUCGUGCUGCUUGCCACCUCCUGCUGACGGCCUGGCGUCGCCCGACGCGUCGCUCGUGGAGGAUGAAGGAUCCGAGGCGCCCGUGGGGGAGCGGUGGGCAGGCCCUGGGGAGGCCACCGCCUGCUCGUCCUCCUCGGUGGCGCCGCCCUGCUCAGACGCGACCCUGGCCUACCUGGAGGCGCACCCUGCUGCGGUGCUCAAUGGGUGCAACGAGGCCGAGGACGGGUGCUGCCACGUGAAGGUACCGGCGGUGGAGGUGGAGGGCCUCGGCGUGUUCGUGGAGUCGGACUGCGUGGGCCCCUCCAAGAGCGACGAGUCCGUCUCUGGCUCGGACUCCCAGCAGUACCAGAAUGCCACCGCCGAGGCGACCGCGGAGGUCUACAGCGAGAAGAUCAGCGAGGCGAUCCGCGAGGCGGGCCUCGUGCGGCGGCUGCCUGAUGUACCGCCGUGGCUGCUCGAGGUGCUCAUGCAGGGCAUGCGGAAUGCCCAUUCCUCGUGGAGCGGAUGUGGCAGCCUGUCCGCGCUGCCGUUCAUCGUGGCACAGUUCGAUUGGGACGACUCUGGCAGCUCUUCAUGA